ACACCAUCCCCACCACCAACUUUCACUUGGGUUUUCUAACCACACAUUCCUCUGAUGCUCUUUCAUUACAUAUUAUUGUUACACUCACCCUUUCUGACACAUUUCUAUAGAACCAAUUGUUAGCUUCUUUUUUUGAAAGUGAAGAAGCACCUGAAAGCUUGGAAAUCAUGGCAGCAACGUUGAUGGCAGCCACAGCAAGCUCUGGCACUGUUAUCAAACAAAGUCCUUUCCUUGGCCAAGGAAAGGGCAACAAUGCCAACCCUCUUAGGGAUGUUGUAGCCAUGGGAACUGGGAAAUACACCAUGAGCAAUGAAUUAUGGUAUGGACCUGACAGAGUGAAAUACUUGGGACCCUUUUCAGCUCAGACCCCUUCGUACUUGAAGGGAGAAUUCCCAGGUGAUUAUGGAUGGGACACUGCUGGUUUAUCUGCUGACCCAGAAGCUUUUGCCAGGAACAGGGCUCUUGAGGUGAUCCAUGGGCGUUGGGCUAUGCUUGGAGCACUAGGAUGCAUCACCCCAGAAGUGCUAGAGAAGUGGGUUAGAGUGGACUUCAAAGAGCCAGUGUGGUUCAAAGCAGGAGCUCAAAUAUUCUCAGAAGGAGGGCUUGACUAUUUGGGUAACCCAAACCUUGUUCAUGCACAAAGUAUCUUGGCAGUGUUAGGCUUCCAAGUUGUUCUUAUGGGUCUUGUUGAAGGGUACCGCAUCAAUGGCCUUGAUGGGGUUGGAGAGGGUAAUGAUCUCUACCCUGGGGGUCAAUACUUUGACCCUCUUGGUCUUGCUGAUGACCCUGUCACUUUUGCUGAGCUCAAAGUGAAGGAGAUCAAGAAUGGUAGGUUAGCUAUGUUCUCCAUGUUUGGUUUCUUUGUUCAAGCCAUUGUCACUGGAAAAGGCCCUUUGGAGAACCUUUUGGAUCACCUUGACAAUCCUGUGGCUAACAAUGCAUGGGUCUAUGCCACCAAGUUUGCACCCGGUUCUUAAAACUUCACUUCCCUUAGUGUGAAUGAUGCUGAGACAUGGUGAUUUAUGUGUAGAUUAUGAACAUUAUAUAAUUGUCGGAUUAGUGUACUUUUUAUGGACUAGGGUUCAUUUUAAACCUCGGAAAUCCCAUGUUAAUCUAGUAUUGAUUAA